AUGUUUAGACGUAAGAAAGAAAAGAAAGAAGAGACUGUAGACAAGUCGCGGCUGAUACCCACGGAAACACCCAUUGCAGAGUUGCCAGCGUCGAUACAGCCUCCGCCAGGCCCCAAAUUGUCGUCUGAACAGCAGGCCAAGUAUGUGGAAGUUCUCCGGCACUUCCAGGAGCCGGACCUGAAAGUUCCCACGCAGGAGAAACCCAAGAACAGCAGUGGUGAUGAUGGCGACGAAGCGUCGAUGACGGCGAUUUCGGUGAACGAAAGAGCAUGGCUCACCAGGGAGUGUUUUCUGCGGUACCUGCGUGCCACCAAGUGGGACGUGACGGACUGUAUAGCGCGCAUCACGCUGUCGCUAGCCUGGAGACGGCAGUUCGGGAUCGACCAGUUCGGCGAGGAAAACGGCGACGCGCUCAAGGCUUCAAUGGUGGCCGAAGAGGAGGAAACGGGCAAGCAGUUGGUUCUCGGGUUCGAGAACGACGCCCGUCCAAUCCUGUAUCUCAAACCGGGACGCCAAAACACCAAGACUUCGCACCGCCAAGUCCAGCAUCUGGUCUUCAUGCUCGAGAGAGUCAUCGACUUUAUGCCUGUCGGACAGGACUCGCUAGCGCUGCUGAUCGAUUUUAAAGAUCAUCCCGACGUGCCCAAAGUUACGGGAGGUAGCAAGAUUCCUCCCAUUGGCGUGGGUAAGGAGGUUUUACAUAUUCUACAAACGCACUACCCCGAAAGGCUCGGUAAAGCUUUGCUCACCAAUAUACCGUGGCUGGCGUGGACUUUCCUCAAAAUGAUACAUCCCUUCAUCGAUCCCUUGACGCGCGAAAAACUGGUCUUUGAUGAACCUUUUAUUAAAUACGUGCCCGAAGACCAACUGGAAAUGCCAUAUGGUGGUCUCUUGGACUUCACUUACAAACACAAUAUCUACUGGCCGAAACUACUGGAGAUCGCUUCCAGCAAGAGAUCUCACUAUCUCUCUCGGUUCGAGAAAUUCGGCGGUAAAGUAGGUCUCAGUGAGUACGAUUUAAGAGGUGACCAUCCAGAUUUGCAAUAUCCUGUAGAGUGA